CAACACAACCCAUCAAGACUGACCCACAUCUCAUGUUACAUAAAAUGGUCCUUAUCUGGAGAUGGGAACAGCAAUUGCCCUGAGGCACAGGAGGUUCUUCCAUAGUAAAGCUACCUUGGCAAUACUUUUUGUAUAACAGGAGACUCCUCUCUGCUAGCCUGCCUGAGAAAUCCUGAUGUAACAUCUUCCAUGCCUAAUUUCAUAUCUCUCCACCCAGGGUUUCUAGUUGGCUACAGUGACUACACACUCUUCCCGUGGGAGCACCAAUCUGCCUUGCAGACAUUUGAGAUGCCUUGAGGGUUCUUGGGAAACUGGUACCUCACUCAAAUAGCUGGGAUUGCUCCUGGUGGAAUUGGCUCUCUCUACAUGGAUUACAUAAAAGCUCGGUUUACAGUGCUCUCAGUUACAAUGCCAGGAUCUGAAUCAGACAAGGAGACCUUGCCCUGACUAAAUUAGGCAUGUGUAGGAGGUGAUUUGACCUCGGCCCUUGUUUUCCCUCAACUCAAGGCUUUAUCGCCAUUGAUACAGAUUUCUAUGCUGCUUUCUGCUCUCCUUGAAUGUGUUGUCCCUAUUUUUCCCUCACAAUGUCAAUUUUCUUCCCUUAUUUGCGCAGAUCAGAUUGACAAGUGCACCAGGGACAAAGGAGGAGACAAGGCUCCGCUAUUUCAUCAGUGCAGCUGCUGGUUCUGUGGAAAGACAGGAGGAAGUAAAGGCAAUCAGGGAGAGAAGAGACAGCUCCCAUUUCCCAUUACUCAUAAGACUGGAGGAGCAAUAAAUGAGGUGCUAAAGGGACUUUUCCUCAAUGUGCUAUCGUGCACCAUGGGCUCCAGCAUGGAGAACUCCCACAUGCACCUUACACACCCUUCAGUUGACUUCAUGCCUGGAACCUGUAAAACUGCUGCUGUUCAAAAGGUAUAUAACCUGUCCUCCAAACACCUUCCCAAUUGAGCUGAGAGGAUCUGGUGGAGAUGAAGACUACUCCUGUUAUCUUGCUGGUUGCUGUCCUGUGUGUGGAGCAAGGCUAUCCGUUUAUGUGCUAUGUGUGCCAAGAACAGGAGUCCAACAAGGACUGUUUAACCAUUUCCAUGUGUACAAAGGAAGACAAAUAUUGUGUGACUGUCCGUGACAAUGUUGGAACAAACUCUGACAAGCCUAAAUAUGUCAUCUCUAAGAUGUGCUCUCCAACGUGUCCAGAAACAAGCCAGCAACAAAACCAAGCCCAUCGGAAUGUUUCAUGCUGUGAAAAACCAUUGUGCAAUGUGAAUGGAGGCAGCAGCAAGCAAGGCAGCUAUGCAGCGACGUUCCUGGGUGUCCUAGCUAGUAUCACUUACAUUUUUGCCUGUGGACAGUGAUGGGUUAGGAAAAGCACCCUGUGUUGGCAUUAUUGUCUGAAAUAAAAGUGUGUUACACUGGGAUAAUUACUGCUUUAAGAGCUCAUGACUUGCAGAUGAGCUUUGCCUGGGAUUUUCAAGAAUCUCAGUAAGUUAGACGCUGAACUCCCAUUGAUUUCCUAAUCCUCCUUGAAUCUGAAGUGCCUUCAGACAGUCAUGUCAUCUAAGAAAACAUGUAAAAGACCCUUUUGACAUGUUCAGGCUUCAAAUAAUUACAGCUCUGAAGAUAUUCUCAAAGACACACUUUUUUCUCUUUGAGUUUUUGAACGCCAUGUGGAAUAGCAAUCCACCCUGCCAGAAACACAGGUAAUAGUUCAAUAGUUAUGUCAGCACAGCGGAGAAGUUCAGUAUCUUCUUCAGGUCACAAUACGUUGGUUAACACACAUCAGUUCAUAAACAAGAAAGAAGAGGUAAAUCUUGUUUCUGGAAAUUUCUGGAAAUUCUUCCAGCCUCAAUCGGCAACAAUUUCUGGCUCCCAUGGCAAUUUGUACUUGGAAGGGUAUCACGAGCAUUCUUCAUCUCCCAGCUCUGAUGUGCCAACUGAGUUUGGAGAAAAGGCAAAGAGGAACAAAUGUGACCUAGAGAGGAGAUACAAUGUCUGGUAGUGGGGAGAUGGAAGAGAGAAGGAAAUGGUUUGGCAUACACAGACCUGGUCCAGCUGGAAAAGAAAAUGUCUCCAUAUCUAUUUCCUUUUUUUUUUCAGGGCCAACCCAACCCAACUGCUAUUGCCAAACCCAGUCAUUUAGAGACUGUGAGAUAGCUUUAAGAAAACCAUGGCAUAGAAAUGAUUGAUUGUGCUGGGCUUUGUUAGAUUCUAGGCUCUUUGCUUCCUCCUCUCCCACCAAGAGCUGCAGCUGAAGGGAGGCAGAAAAGCUCUGUAUGAGGCCUGGAGAUGUCUACAGAGAAGAGGGGCAGGCAGCUAAAGACUAACAUAAAUAGCCCAGAGCUUCCUGGUUAUAACCCCUGCUGCAAGCUCACUUCUCUGGAACAAAAAUAAAAAAGGGAAGAGUUGGCAGCAACACUAGCUCAGCUGUGUUCUGACACCAGGACUCAUCCAAACAA